GUACAGACUGGCUGCUUGACAUGGCCGCGGUACCUGAGUACAUGUACCCGCGUGGAGACGAUGCCCACUUGCCUACAUCCCCCCUCUCCUGCCAUGGCUGGCUCCAUGGCUCCGUUGUUUGUUUGUUGUCAGUACAUACACACUGCAGGAGACGCGAUGCUUUGUUAUUCCCGUUGAGCUGCGCGUGCAUCAACAACCCAUCUUCUUUCAAACCGCAGUAAUGUUGAUCUGCGCCUGUAUGCAUGUGUGUGUGUGUGUGUGUAAUAGUAGCUGUGCAUUCAAGGGUAGAGCAACAACGGUAAGCAGUGCGGCAGCUUGCCUCAGCGCAACCACAGGUCCACUCGCCCAACCAUCUGCCACCUUCUCUGCACGUUGAAUCGAGAUAACUGAACACGGAGAGAGAGAGAGAGAAAAAAAAUUCAAAAUAUCAUUAUCAUUCCUAUAACAAGGCCCCCAUAGCAGAAUCGAUCCCGUUUCGGCCAUUGGCAUGUCUGCGUAGGUGGUCGCUUGACCGCCUAUCUCGACUAUCGCGAAACUGGACCAACCAGCGCGCGGUUCGGCACACCCAUUCCCCCCUCCCAAAGGCAGCCAAUGUUGAAAAUUGGCGAAAAUUUUCCCUUCCUUCACCAUCACCACAGAUUGCAAUCAACCACUUCCACACCGCUACCUCCAACAUCUCGAUCUUCCCGUCUGAGAAUCCAAACAGGAAUAUGGCAGCUCGCAUGCCCGUCGACGGCGCGCGCUGGAAGGGGUCUCGCGUUGCCCUCCUUGAUAUCGGCACAAUCUCCAGCAUCUCCUUCGUCAAGGACGUCUUGUAUCCCUAUGCGCUCAACCGCCUCAGCGCUUUGGCACGCGACUCGUGGAACGACCCAACCUUCCAAGACCUUCUCGUGAGCGCGGGGUUCCCACAAGAGACGAGGCCGGAUCCUGAGACGCUGCUCGCUCACGUGCAAGAUCUGACGCGUAGAGAUGUCAAGGCCACGUAUCUGAAGCAGCUACAAGGCAAGCUCUGGAAGACUGGUUACGAGAAUGGCGAGCUCAAAACUCCACUGUUCGAAGACGUGAUUCCCGCCUUGCAAGCCUGGAAGGAAGCCGGUAGAACGCUGUCCAUCUUUUCCUCUGGCAGUGUUCAGGCCCAGCUGCAGUUCUUCUCCGUCGUGCAAGAUGGGUCCUCGACACGCGAUCUGAGACCCCUAUUUGCGUCCCACUUUGACCCAACAAUAGCUGGUUCCAAGCUGGAGGAAGCGUCGUACACCAAGAUCUGCAAAGAAUUAAGUCAAGACGCUGCCAGCGUGACCUUCCUCACGGACAAUGUGAAAGGUACGUCUUAUCAUCUCGGCGGCUUUGCUCGCUCUCUCGUCGGCGAUUUCAUCAUCAAUCCACUCUCUCGUUCUCUGUUGUCGAAUACCUGCCACGCGUUUCAAAACUCAGGGCCACAUUCCCCCCCUCCAAAACAGUCCCCCCUCUCUUCUUUUACUUGA